CAGACUGAUAUCAGCGUUAGUUACAACGCUUCAAAUCCCAGCACGUACUUUCCUUUGAAAGAAUGGUGAGGAUUAUUCAGCUCCAAAGUGAUACUCAGCAGCAAGAUAAGUUGAAAAAAUAAAAGUUCCCACUGGAUAGAACUAGAAAAGAUGUUAAAAAGUAGGUCAUAGUUUGCAACUCAAGCAAGGAAUCUCACAGACAGAGCUGCUUUUAUGAGUGAUUUCCCCUCCCUCUAUCUCUUGAUCUAAACAGAGUACCGCUGGCAUGGUAAACUGCUCAUAUAACAUCUGCCUGGCAACAGAAACGUCGAAGGUUCUGAUUGGACAAAGUUUCAAGACGGGUUUCAGCACUUUCUGGUUCUGCCGCAGUUGUGCUGUUCAGUCACUUUCCAGACUUACUUUCAGGAGCUGCAGCUUCAGACCGGGUCAGGAAAUCGGGAGAUUUGUUUUUACUUGAAGAAGAUCUGAAAGUUAAGCUUCUAAAUUGGAGUCAGGCCAAUGGUAACAGUAACAGGCCAGAUCUUUCAGAAGUGAGUUGGGAGAGACAAUCUCCAGAAAAUUGAAGAAUCCAUUCAUGAGGGGAAUGGACAAUUUGGGUAUUGAUAAAUAUGAGGACUGUACUGAGGAGAAUCGAGGUGGGGAACCAAGUACCGACUGUUGGGAUGCAUUUCAGCAGCUUCUGAAAACUCUUGGGCUGUGGGAAUUUUAUCCCAACAAGCUGUCCCUGAAUAAAGUAAAGGAGAUGAAUAUUGAGACUGUGGAGGACAAGAAAUCCACCAGCACAACAGAUAUCCCUUGGCAUUUCCUCAGGCUGCUAAUGGAGACAAAUUCUAAUGCCAGAAAACAGGACACAUCUGAAGAUGAAACAUCGGAAGAUGAUUUUAAUUAUUACUCUCAAAGUCCGAAUGCUACUGCAAUGUCUUUCCAUCCACUGGACAUUAUUUCUGCGAUCUUUGUGUGUGCAGACACUAUUCUGCAGCAGGAAGUGAUUGUCCGAAUGUCCUUGUGCCAGUUUGCAUUUCCAAUCGUCAUGCCGAGUCCGGAAGGGAGACCAACUUUUCUUAUGCAUCCCAUGCGUUCCUUCGUGAGGAGUUACCGACCUCAGUCAAUGAGAGACAGGGCGGGAUACAUUGAGGAAUGUAUGGCCACAUCUAGUCUUCCAACGUUCGCUUUUGUUCGAUUUGGCAACUGCUCAUCAUCAAAAUCUAAACUGUUAAAUCAAGUUUUCAGCAACUCACAACCCAGUCUGAAUUAUUUUGUCCAUUAUGAUAUGCGAUGUGGCGAUAUAAGCAGGAAGGUUUCAGACGGAAUGAUAGAAAUGAUCUGGUAUUUGCCAUCUGGCAGUAAGGACAUUGACAUCAUUCCAGAGGCUGUGGCAGUCAUGAAUCUCCGAGGGGAUGCCCAAAACUUUCCGGAACAUGUCCAGUUCCUGAGUAAAGUUGCCACCACUCUGUUUGUUUUCAUUGAGCAUUUGAACGAACAAGCCGAAACAUUUCUGUUUUCCAAUCCUCAGAUUCAACAGAAACUGUUUUUAAUUUUUAAUUCCAAGGUGGCACAAAUAUAUUUCCACUUAGAAAGGUUGAUUGAAACUAAAUUAAUAGCAAAAGAUCAUAUUUUAACAAAACACCGAAAAAACGAAGAAGACUUUCUACGAACUGUUCGAUCCAAAUUAAUAGAGAUUCUGAGAAAGGGGGCAGAAGUGAAAGAGGAGGCACUGAGUUUGCAAGCAAUGCUCCCAGCAGCGAGGGCCAGUAAGUUUCUGAUCGAUGAAGACAACAACGUGAUUUCAGAGGCUUGGGGAAAAUCCGAAGAAAUUCUUCGAGUAAUUGUGAGCGAAGGCAUUAAAAUGAUCCGAGAGAGAGAGUUGUAUUUCCAAGGAGAUACUUGGGAAAAGAUUUCAGGCAUCGAUAAGGAAAUAUGUCAGUUAAAGUGUCUCAGUGAUGCUAAAGUUUCAGAUUAUGUCAGUCGGCUGCAGAGAGAGAGAGAAGAUCUUUGUCGGGCACUUGCACGUCGUGGGAUGUCGAAUCUGAUGAGGCAAAUAAUCCUUGGGCUCCAGACAAUGGGAAACCAAAGGAAACUUUUCCUAAAUUGCCUAAGAAAUGCAUUGGAGUCAAACUCAGUCACAGUGUCUCAUAGUAACAUAAUGUUAAACCUGGAGACUGAGGAGCAAGUGGAGAGUCAAAGUAUUCAGGAACAAUUGACUGAACACAAUAAGAACCUGCUGGACAAAUCCCAGAGCUUGGGAUUGGAACAUUUCCUCCGGGAAAUGGGACUCAUCUAUGAGGUGUUUCAUAUCCAGCCAAGUGUUCCUUCAGAUAUCCAACAGUUUCCAUCACUGGCAGCUGAUAUGAUGUUGGAGGGUUUCCCAAUUGAGCUCAUGGAUGGAGAUGUUUCCAAUAUCCCCGUGAAAUGGGUCACUAGCGUGUUAAUGGAAGUUGACAAGAAAGUUAAGCCUUGCCGCAUUUUUGUCCUCUCAGUGUUGGGAUUACAAAGCACAGGCAAGUCCACUCUGUUGAAUGUAAUGUUUGGCUGUCAGUUUGCAGUGGGCUGUGGGAGAUGCACCUCUGGGGUCUACAUGCAGCUCAUUAGAACAACAGGAACAAUGAAGGAGAAAGCCUGCGACUUCAUCCUGAUCCUGGACACUGAGGGCUUGCGGGCUCAGGAACGGUCCAGCUUGGAUGGCCAAAAUGAGCAUGACAAUGAACUGGCCACUCUGGUGGCUGGCUUAAGCGAUUUGAUCAUCAUAACCAUGUCCACAGAGACUGCCUCAGAAAUGAAGGACAUCCUGCAAAUUGUUGUCCAUGCCUUAAUUCGUAUGAAAGUGGUCGGGAAAAGACCCAAUUGUCAAUUUGUCCACCAAAAGGUUGGAGAUGUGUCUGCACAUCAGAAGAAUAUGGGGAGUCACAAAUCAUUGCACCAGGAGCUGGACGCACUGACCAAGAUUGUAGCUAAAACUGAGAGGCAAGAUCACAAAUUCUCAAAGUUCUCUGAUAUUUUGGAUUAUGACUCCAAGAAAAACAAUUGGUACAUCCCAGGGCUGUGGUGUGGGAAUCCCCCCAUGGCGCUAGUUAAUAUGGGAUACAGUCAGAAGGUGACAGAACUCAAACACAAGAUUUUGCAGCAUUUUCUCAACAGGAGACCUUCCACCAUCCCAGAGUUCAUUUGCUGGAUGGAAAGUACAUGGAACGCAGUGAAACAUGAGAACUUCAUCUUCAGUUUCAGGAACAGCUUGGUGGCAGAUGCCUACAAUCGACUGUCAGAGAAGUACUCGGAUUUGGAGUGGAAGCUGAGGAGUGAGGUCCAUUCCUGGCUUCAGAAAGCAAUCAAUCGAAUUGCCAACUGUGAAGGGGACCUUCAGGAACUCAGAGGAACUUUGGAUAUUGACGUUCCAAGGAUGAUCAGUGAAGAGAAAAGUCAAAUACUGAAUGAGAUGGAGAAGUAUUUUAAGGAGGACACCAACCAGGCACAUCUGAUUGAGAAUUUUAAAGCUGAGACAGCAGCGAGUUUUGACUCACUGAGUCGGGAGCUUGAAACACGCACAAAGAUGAGAUGUGAGGAAGCAUUGAACAGGCGGAGAGACCUUAACGAAUUAAAUCGCAUUUUAAGUAGUUUCAGUGAGAGAAUCCAAGAGAAGAUUGAUCUGCUCUUGGAUAAUUUGAAACUUAAAUCAACAGAUCAAGGUGACAGUGAACUGAGUGAAACCUUUGAAACAAUAUGGAGAGAAGUCAUGGCAUCAGUACAUUUCCAGCCCAUAGCAGUCAACAUCGAGGGAGACAUGGAAAAGAGCUUGAGGGAAAAUACAAGGAAGCAAGGAAGAAUACUCACAAUAAAGCUCACAUCUGGGAAGAGUCUUGUUGAGUUAAGCAACGUGGAAUGGAAGAUCACUGAGCAACAUCUGGGAACAAACAAAACAUACACUACUCUGAUACGUUCCUUCCAUCAAAAUAAAGAAAACUUGGAAGACGAGAAUGUGGCACAAUGGGAGGUAACUGCACGUUUACUGGAGGCGAAGAAGAAAACUCUCCAAUUGAUAUCACAAUGUGACGAUUAUGUCGAAGAGAUUGUUAAGAGAGGUGAGAGUUACAACCUGUUUCUUUGUAAUGAACUUCUGAGAGAAGUGGACAGAAAUCUACAGACACUUGAUGCGGAGACACUCAAAGUCAAUGAGCUAUUAAGUACAGAUGUGAAAAUCCAUGUGUGUGGCAAAGCCAUUCAGAGAUUUCAGGAGAUGCAUGAUCGAUUCUGUGACAAACAUAAUCCCCUGAAGAGACUAGCGAAUGAGAGACAUUAUUACUUUACAAUGUUUAAAAGCAUAUACUCUGAAAAGGACCAGAGUGAGACGUGUGCGAGAUUAUUCUGUGAU